CUACAGGGGAGUUUUGUUGGAAGUUGCAAAGUCCUGGAGCCUCCAGAGGGCUGUCGGCGCAGUAGCAGCGAGCAGCAGCGUCCGCGCGCUCCGGCGAGGGGCAGACGAGCUCGAGGGAGCGCGGGGCAGCUGGAGCCAGAGCUGAGCGCGGAGCGACCCGGGACCCACCGCCGUCCCCAGGCCCCCCAGUAGAGCCCCAGCCAUGGCACACCAACUCUUAUGCUGCGAGGUGGAGACCAUCCGCCGGGCGUACCCCGAUGCCAACCUCCUCAACGACCGGGUGCUGCGGGCCAUGCUUAAGGCGGAGGAGACCUGCGCACCCUCCGUGUCCUACUUCAAAUGUGUGCAGAAGGAGAUACUGCCGUCCAUGCGGAAGAUCGUGGCCACCUGGAUGCUGGAGGUCUGCGAGGAGCAGAAGUGCGAGGAGGAGGUCUUCCCGCUGGCCAUGAACUACCUGGACCGCUUCCUGUCGCUGGAGCCCGUGAAAAAGAGCCGCCUGCAGCUGCUGGGGGCCACCUGCAUGUUCGUGGCCUCGAAGAUGAAGGAGACCAUCCCCCUGACGGCCGAGAAGCUGUGCAUCUACACUGACAACUCCAUCCGGCCUGACGAGCUGCUGCAAAUGGAGCUGCUCCUGGUGAACAAGCUCAAGUGGAACCUGGCCGCGAUGACCCCGCAUGACUUCAUUGAACACUUCCUGUCCAAGAUGCCCGUGGCCGAGGAGAACAGACAGAUCAUUCGCAAGCACGCGCAGACCUUCGUCGCCCUCUGUGCCACAGACGUGAAGUUCAUUUCCAACCCACCGUCCAUGGUGGCAGCCGGGAGCGUGGUGGCCGCCGUGCAAGGCCUGCACCUGGGAGGUUCCAAUAGCUUCCUGUCCUGCCAUCGCCUUACUCGGUUCCUCUCCAAAGUGAUCAAGUGUGACGCGGACUGUCUCCGCGCGUGCCAGGAGCAGAUCGAAGCUCUGUUGGAGUCCAGCCUGCGCCAGGCCCAGCAGCAGAGCCUGGACCCCAAGGCGGCGGAGGAAGAGGAGGAAGAGGAGGAGGCCGACCUGGCCUGCACACCCACCGACGUGCGAGAUGUGAACAUUUGAGGGGGCGCACGGCAUGGGAGGGGCCGACCCCAGGUGCUGCCCUGACAGGACCGUGCUCCUUGUCAGGACCGGUUACCACCAGAAGGGAAAAAGCUUCCUUCUCCUUUCCUGUCGUUUUUUUUUUCCUUUGCUCUUUUACUCUCUUCCAUCUCUGACUUAAACAAAAGAAAAAAAAGUACCCAAAAAAUACUGUCUUAAAAAAAAAAAAAAAAAGAAAGAAAAAGAGAGGCAAAAAAAAAAAUAGUAUUUGCAUAACCCUGAGCUGGGGGGUGGGGGGAGGUUUGCUACAAAAUAGAGGCUCUUACACCCCUAACGGACUAGAUUUUAUACGGAUGUGUUCACGUCUCUGUGUCGUAAGGAUAGGCAUUAACACAAGGAACGAGUCUGCGGGGGAGGACUAGAUCUGAUGCUUUCUGUGUUUCAAACAAAACAAAAAAAAAAAGCAUAAAAACAUUUUUAAAAAACUAGAAAAAAGCCAACCAGCCGUUUUUGGAGUAGAAGAGGAUUUUAGGUAGCAGCCAUGUUCCUUAGCGUGGCUUCGUGGUGGUCCUAGGUCCCCCGCCCCUCGCUUGCUCGUGCAUGUAGUCACUUUAUAAGCCCUUUGCGCGUGUUUUAUUGUAUUCCGUAGGUAGGUGUGUAAACUCUUCACCUGUCCGUGGCUGAUGGAACCUCAGUUAGCAUAGCGUAGAGCUCGGUGAGGUCGCAUGCUGGCCUGACCCGGAGUGGGUGGGUGGCUGGGCCCGGGGCCAGCGGCGCAGCGGUCCCGCGCUGCUGAGAACAGAUCCCGCCCUAGCGACGUAAUAUAUUCUAUUUUUAUAAUCGUCCUAUUUUUGUAGUUGCCUGUUGAUGAGAUGCUGGUUUUUCACCCCAACAGACCCACAAGCCUGCUCACAUCCAGGUGAAACCCACAGCUCCUUUUUUUUUUUUUUCCUUUUCUUUCCUUCUCAAUAUUCUAGAACCAUUCCAUUUCAAAGCACUUUCGAUCCAGUGGUUAUAGGGAAUCUCUCGUGUCUGUUGUGUGUGGAGGGGUGGGGGCGCGUUUUCUUCAUGGAAUGGUUUGGGAAUAUUCGCGCCCUUGUGUGCGGACGGGACGGUGAUGAGGCAAGUGAGGUCACUUAUGGAGUUAGCGGGAGGGGAUGUUCCUGAAGGCGAGCUUCCGGUCAAGAAGUACAUUCUUACGUUGCCAGGGUGAUGUGUUCCUUUCUCUGUAGAGCAGUGGAAGUUCGGGAGUCCUUGGUGCCAACUGGUGUUUGAAAGCGUAGGGGGCCUUUCAAGGUUGACCUAGAGAACGCGUAGUUUAAGGCUUAGGAAGGUUUUUAAACACUAAAAUAUAUAAUUUAUAGUUAAGGCUAAAAAAAAUAUUUAUUGCAGAGGAUGUUCGUAAGGCCAGUAUGAUUUAUAAAGUAAUGCAAUCUCCCUUUGAUUCACACACACACACACGCACGCGUGCACGCGCCUUUGACGUUGUAGGUUUCAUACAGUUUGUCCAAGUUAGGUCCUUUCUCAUAGGAGAGAGAAAAAGAUCCUGAGGAAUAACACAGAGAAGCACGGAUUUGGCUAAUUCGGCCUAUCCUGGCAGUUCCCCAGAUGGGAACCCCACUGGAGAGGCCUCGGAGUUCCUCAGAAAAUGAGGGUACUUGAAAACACGUUCAGCCCCAACAUAUUCUUGUCCCCUGCCCUCCUCCUUUUGAAAAAAAGUUUAGCAACCAAUAGACAAUUUGCACAUCUUGGCUAUGUACCUUUUCGUGAUGACUAUGUAGGGGGAGUCGAAGGCGGCAAGGGCACAGGGCUGGUGCUCGGCGAGGGCGUAGGGGGCACGGGUGGGGGGCGAGCAGAGGGCCGACGGUGAAACCAUGCGGCGGCCAGGCGGUGGCUCGGUCUCCUGAUUCGAUGCUACCGAUGACUUCCCAGCACAGUUUGGAAACCCAUUCACAUCGCUUCUCUGUAUCUCUUUCACAUUGUUUUGCUGCUAUUGGAAGAUCAGUUUUUGUUUCUGUUUUACAAUGUCAUAUACUGCCAUUUUCUAGUUUUAAUUUUCUCAUAGAAAAAUGUAUUAAGGAUGCUCUUUUUUUUGUAGAUUUUUUUUUUUAUGUGAUCAAUUUUGACUUAAUGUGAUUACUGCUCUAUUCCAAAAAGGUUCCUGUUUCACGAUACCUCAUGCUUCUCUUAGCCAUGUGUAGACCCGGCGGUCCGGCUCCGUCAGGCAGACACGCGGACCUGGAUCCCGAAAUGGGCCUGGCGGGGGUGGGCUCGGGGCCGUGACUGCCUCCUUCUCCCUGCGCCUGUAAUGCUGGGCUGUCCCCCACCCCCGGCCUGGGACGGGCCACCUCCCGAGUCUCUACAGCCGUAUUGUUCUUCCCGUGAAGCUAUGGAAGUCGCACUAUUAUAUUAUUAUUAUGGUUAACAGGUGCCGUCACGUGCCACUGCGGGGUUGUGCGGCGUGACUCAGUCACUCGGGAUGAGCGGACUCGUUUCUGGACUUGGUGAACGUUCCGGGUGUCGCGUCUGUUAAGUACCAGUGUUCUGUGUGUUCUCCGCAUUACAGCAAGAUGCGGAUUUAAAAACAAAAAGACUCCAGAUCUCAGUGAAGCCGGCUGACCGUGCUGCGUGCCCGAGUCGCCCGGCACGCUGCCGAACCAAAAGGAUUUGCACCCCAGGGUGGCCCCUGUCCCGGCUGGGUCAGCCUUGGGUGCUCCCUGGCCAUUGGCAGGCCCUGGCCCCACCCCGCCCCGCCCCGCCCCUGCAGGAACACUGCCUCUGCUUACCUCAACCGUUCUGGUGCGGCAUCUCUGUGUCUGAACCAAACGGGGUCCUUGAGGGACGGUCUGUCCUCGUGGGGGGAGGGGUUGAACGUUAUGUGCGCUCAAAGGCCAAAGGCCAGCGGCAGGUCUGGGGAGCACAGCGGAGUCUGUCCUGUGACCAGCAAGUCUGUGAGGGUCUCUGGUGGGCGGGUACUUUUGGUCUGGGGGGUGCUCGGCUUGCACACUGUGGCGCAGACAUGUAACCGGCACGUUUCCAGCAGAAAACAAAAGACAAACGUGAAAAGUCUAGAAAUAAAAUUGGUUAAAACCCCA